UGAGUUCAUAAAAUCAUUAUGCACACAUGCUUUGAUGCGCACUGAAACAUUAAAUUAUGAUUAAGAGGAUUAAAGGUUUAAUAUGUGAUGAAAAUGAGGACAGCUAAAGAGGAAGAAGAUCAACAGCAGAGGAUGAGGAGAUGCUGAAGCACAGGAAGGAGGUUUUGGGGGAUAUAACGUGUCUCUGGCUCGGACUCUUCGGAUCAGCGAGUGAUCCUCCCCCUCUCUGACAGGAGGAGGAGGAGGGUGAGCUGCUGCUCUUCACUCUCAGAGAUGCAGCAGAAGUCAAAGAGAAUCCUCGCUGAUUUCUGCUGAGCAGGAAAUCUGUCUAUGGCAUUGAUUCAGUUUCUCAGAGUUUGACUAAAAAUAAUCGAUGAAAGUGGGUCACUGCUCAUUUGAUCUUCUUUACAUUCCUGACACGCUUCCAUUUUCACUGAAGCUGCAAAGACAUUUUUAUCUGAGGAGGAAACUUGAGAAGCAACAGCGUUCUCGCACUCUUUGGCUGCUGACAUGAAACUUUGGAGCAUCUUGGCUGCGCUCGCAGGAGUCUGAAGGUUUCCAGCACGAACUGCGGCAACGCCUCCUCACGCAGAGAAAACAUGAAAUGUGGCAGCAGCCUCUGCACGCUGAACGUUGGUGGCCGCAGGUUCUCCUACACUGCGGAGCUGAUGAGGCGUCUCCCCCUCAGCAGACUCAGUCGACUGCUUCGCUGCGUGUCGGAGAGCGAGCUUCUUGAGCUCUGCGAUGACUACGAUCGUGAUCGCAAUGAGUUCUUCUUUGACCGCCACUCUGAGGCCUUCAGUUUCAUCAUGCUGUACGUGCAGCACGGGAAACUGCGCUUUGUGCCACACAUGUGUGAGCUUUCCUUCUACAACGAGAUGCUGUACUGGGGCCUGGAGAGCUCUGAUCUGCAGCUGUGCUGCCAGCGUCUUCUGGACGACCGCAUGUCUGACGCCCUCGUGCACUUCUUCCCGGAGGAGGAGCUACCACGUGGCCCUGAGAUUACGCAGAAUCCUUGGCUGGAGAAGAUGAGGAGAACAUUUGAGGAGCCCACAUCCUCGUUGGCUGCGCAGCUCCUUGCUUCAGUGUCAGUGCUGUUUGUAGUCAUCUCCAUGGUGAUGCUAUGUGCCAGCACCUUACCUGAUUGGACAGCGCUGGAACAGCAAAGCAUCAUUGAGGCGGUGUGCAUUGGUUGGUUCACGGCAGAGUGCAUUGUCCAUUUCCUAGUGUCUCGUGAUAAGUGGGACUUCAUUCAGCGGCCUCUGAACAUCAUUGACCUUCUGGCCAUCCUGCCAUACUACAUCUCUGUUGCCAUGACGAGCCUGACGGGCGAGAACUCGCAGCUGCAGCGAGCCGGUGUGACACUGCGUGUCCUUCGCAUGAUGCGGAUCUUCUGGGUUAUCAAGCUGGCGCGUCACUUCAUGGGCCUGCAGACACUUGGCCUGACGCUUCGUCGCUGCUAUCGUGAGAUGGUAAUGCUCCUGGUCUUCGUCUGUGUUGCCAUGGCGAUCUUCAGUGCGCUGGCUCAGCUGCUAGAGCACGGCCUUGACCUGGAGGCUGGAAACCAUGACUACGCCAGUAUCCCCGCUGCCUGCUGGUGGGUCAUCAUAUCCAUGACCACAGUGGGCUACGGGGACAUGUACCCGAUGACGGUGGCGGGACGCAUGCUCGGAGGCCUCUGCGUGGUGAGCGGCAUCGUCCUGCUGGCGCUGCCCAUCACCUUCAUCUAUCACAGCUUUGUCCAGUGCUACCACGAGCUGAAGAUGCGUUCAGCUCGCUGCGGCCGCAGUCUGUCGGGCGAAUUCAUCAACUGACCGUCAUCCUGCUGCUGAGGAGGGGCGCUGCCAUCAGCUCCAUCACAAUGAGAAGGAUACAAUUGAUCGGACCGAUCAAAAAAGCAACUCGAGUUUUCCCCUGAUGCCUCCAUCGGAGUGAAUGUGUGUGAUUGGCUGAAUACAGGGUGUAGUGAAACAUAACCUAACCCUCCAUUUGCUGUUUUCAAGUCCAAACAGGACUCAGGUGACUUUACUUUGAUAGUUUCUCAUCCUGAUUCGAUCUUGGACUGAACUCACAGACAGUCAGGUUCUGUUAGGUUGCUCAGAAGAGUCGGGGAAUAAUGCGCUCACACAGUGAAAUGGUGGUGAGAUAAACUCACACCAUGCGAUGCCCCCUCAGGUUAGGCAUGAGAGGCAACCCGGCGGUCUGUGGCAUAAUUGAACCCCUCCUUUGUUUCCAUGAUGACCAUAGAGCCAGUCAGCUGAAGUGUUGAAAGCAUUUGGUUUGAAUGUCCGGAUGGAGAAGCGGGCGGAGUGUGAAGUAUCUGACUACUUCUUCUUCUGUGUGAAAUGCCGCAGGGUUUGAACCAAAGUACACUUAUACAGGCGACCCCUUUAACCUUUGACCUUUACUCCAGAGAUGUCAAACUCUCCAUUUAGGCAGCAGCUCAUGUGUUUAUGAACUCUGACCUCUGUUGCCUGAUUUCGAUCAGAAAACCACAUCAGCUCAUUAAAGGUUAAACCUGAAAACCUCACUGACUCCACCUGUCCAUCAUUUAAACAUCGUCUCAGUGUUGCACAAAAUACAAUAACAAUGAAAUCAGGUUUUCACAUUAGAGUUACAAUGGGACUCACACAAAACACCUGACAUUAAAGCUCCUGUUAACAAACCGAGCGAGCUGGAAGGAGACGAGAGCAGCGAGGAGGCGGGAAGGUCGUCACAAUAAAGCGAGUUUGUGAUGAAUCACGCGUGGUUCAUUGCCUCCUGCCGUGUGACUCCAAAUCUUAAAUCAGAGAAAACAUUCACGGAGUGUGUGAGUUCUCACAGGAACGCAGCGUGUCGAGCAUCUCUGAAGGACGUGGCUGAUCAGAGACAGGAGCAGAGUUCAGCUUAUUAUUAGCCGGGUCUGCAGAUAGAGACGAGGCACAGGAACCUUUCAGUCUUUUGUUUUGCAGAAACAUCAGCAAAUGUAAAAUGAUUCUGUGGGGAGAAUAAACACCAGCAUCACCCAGUCUUCAGGAAUAACUUCCUGCAGAUUUUUUAUCCAGUCUGUGGUAACCCCUUCAGUUUCUCAUGAAUGGAUAUAGUAUCUGAGACAGCAAACAGCCAGCUGUUCAUCUGCAUCUGAAGGUCAAAGGUCACUCUUUGAGAAUGCCCACAUGUUGGACAGAGAAGACAGAUGGAGAGAAGGAAGCAU